AUGGAUCAGCUAGACCCUUCAGUGCUUCCUCCAGGGAUUGAUCCCUCUCAAGUCCCUAACGAUAUAGACGCGAACGACCUUGCCAGCUUCUACUACUCAUGCAAUGAAGUGACGCCUCUCUGCCCCGUCGAGGCAACGACGAUGGGCUACUAUCCGACCAGGGGGAUUAAUAUCUUCUUUGUGAUAGGUUAUGCCAUUGCCGCCAUUGUCACACUAUUCUUUGGUAUCCAGAAGAAGACAUGGAGUUACAUGGCAUUCAUUGCAGCUGGGAGUGCGUUGGAGAUGGCAGGGUAUUCUGCUCGCAUCCCACUGACGGACAAUCCCUGGAACAAGCAUGCUUUUGAAACCCAAAUUGUUGCUAUCAUUCUUGGCCCAACCCUCAUCUGCAUCUCCAUCUACCUAACCCUCAAGCACAUCUGUCUCUCUCUCAAUCCAGCACUCUCCCGCAUUCGGCCUCAUCGCUACCCUUUUAUCUUUGUUCCUCUGGAUGUGUCCUGCUUGUUCAUCCAGGCCAUUGGUGGUGCCCUUGCAGCUAGUGCUGCAUUAAAUAACUAUGAAAUGGUGCAGCAUGGAAACCGGUGCAUCAUUGCAGGCAUUGUGUUGCAGGUGGUUGUGUUGAUGUUCUUUGGGCUAUCUGCAUUGGAUUACUACAUUCGGGUCAGGAGAUGGAUCAAAUCAGACGAGGCUCUUCCCGAAGCCCUUGAGCUUUGGAAGGAUAAGCAGUUUAGGAUGUUUGUGUAUGCUGUUACAGGUGCCUACAGCGGAAUCCUUAUCAGAUGUAUUUAUCGUAUCGUUGAAAUGGCUGGUGGUUGGGGUAACCCAAUCAUGCAAGACGAACCAUCAUUCAUUGUUCUGGAGGGAUUCAUGGUUCUUAUUGCGUGUCUCUUGCUCGCGUGCUUUCCACCUGGCAUCUUGUUCCCCCAAAUGGCAGCUCGCAUGGCAGCUCGUCCUAGCUGGUCGUGGCUAUCCAAGAGAAAGAAGGAUCAUCAAGUCGACAUUGAGCAACAAUCCCAGCCAGAACAAGGAAGCCAGAAGCAUACCUUUAGCGGAGAUGAGUCUGGACUUGGGGAAUCACAGGCGAAAGAUAACGUCUCGCCAGCUUCAAUAACGAUUGAGAGGGCCAACAAGGAAAAGGCUUGA